GUGUAACUAUCACUGUCUCCAUUCCACAAAACCCACAGCCAGUUCAACACUGUGCUGUAGCUAGUCUCCGUUGCUAUCAUCAAUAACAUCGCCGCGUUUUGGACCAAGGACUAGUGAAAUUAAUCGGCUUGGUCUAGUUUAUCGGCUGAUUUGACCUGCUUAACCAAUACUGUCCUGAAUAGGAUUUGCGGUCUGUCAAUGAGGAACUACAGGCUCAUCUUCUGCCAUAACCUGAAGCAACCAUAGAUGACCGUUUCGUUUACUACUAGUGAGUGGAGCAGGAAAUAAAGUUAACUUCUUGGUGUUUGAAGUACAACAAGACGGACUGAAGCAGCCAGGCUGUGGAGGCGAUGAGGAAGAGCCUCUCUAUUUCCCUCAACGACUCCCUCAGCACGGCCAGAGUGUUCGGGAUCCCCCUGGAGGAGGUGCAGCACAGCGGGCAGCCAGGACAUGAGGUCCCCUUGCUGGUCAGGAGCAUUGUGGAGUACAUUGAAGAGCAUGAAGGGCUGAACCUGGAGGGUCUGUUUCUUGUGAACGGUAACGCAGAACGCGUGGAAUGGCUCAGGCAGCGCUACGACAGUGGCGUGGAAGUGGAUCUGGAGAAGGAGGCCGACCUGGCCUCUGCUGUCAGCCUGCUACGCCUCUUCUUGCAGGAGCUCCCAGAGCCCAUCAUCCCUGCAGGCUUACAGGCACAAAUACUGCAGCUCUAUCAGGAAUACAGCAGUGAGGAGGAGCUGGGAAGAAACAUGAAGUACUUCCUUCUGCAGCUGCCACAGGUCAACUACAGCUUGCUCCGUUUCCUGUGUCGAUUUCUGUCCGGUGUUGCUUCUCUUCAGGAGGAGAGCUGGAGCAUAGGAGCUCUUGCCGCAGUCUUUGGGCCAGACAUUUUCCAUUUAGACACUGAUGUAGAAGAUCUGAAAGAGCAGGAGUCCAUCAGCCGUGUCCUGGCAGAACUGCUGGAGAACCAGGAGGAGUUCUUUGACUCCGAAGAGGAGGAGGACAUCUCCAACACCAAUGACUACAGCUCCAUUAAUGACCAGAUCACAGAGCUCUUGGAGGAAGAGAAGUUGGAGGCUUGCGAGGAGCUCCCGCGAGAUGACGAGGAUGGUCCUUCCUCACUGUCGCACAAACAUGCCCAUGAUGCCCCCUCCUCCAGUGCGCACAUUUCUUCCAUCAGCAUUCUUCCAGGAUCUGCCGAUUUAAUUCAGAGGACCAUCUGUGCCGCAGUGGAACAGCAUUUUCUGGACCUUCAAACUUCUAUUGACAAGGAGCUCAGCAGUUAUGAGAGUCAGGUUUUGGACUCCCAACCCAUCCAGGGAAACGGCCCUACUCAGACACCAGGGCCUGAGGACCAUGAAGAUGUGCAGUCUGAAUCAGAAACAGAGGCUGAGACUCUUCCAGAGAAAGUUACCAAGGAAGGCCAAUCCUCAGAGAAUAGCGAGGAAUCUAAAGUUUUUCAACUCAGCAGCCCAGUCAUGGAGGAAAGUUUCAGAAUGGACCUUGACAUGGAGGCUCUCGUAAAUGCAGAGAAUCUCAACACAGAAAGACUAGAGAACUACCCAGACUAUGAGCAGAUGGAGCAGGCUGAUGUUAUCACCUGUCAGUCCAGCGAGUGUGACCUGAAUGCUAAUACUGAGCUCAACGCGCCAGCCAGCAGCCCUAAGUCUUCGACCAGAAGCAUGUUCACGGACUGUGAGCAAGAAGACCCUGUGCCAGUGUUCAUGUCAUGGCAAGAAGAGACUGAGUCAGGAGAAGCCCAGCUGUCCCCGCUGGCAGGCCGCGUCGUGCCUCUGCCUCUAGAGGAGGAUGCUCAACCCUUACUGGCCCGACGUUUCCUGGACUUUAGCCACAGUCAAAGGUUUCUACAGCAGGACCACGAUGCCACAUCCUCCACCAAAACUCUGUCCUGUGGGAGGCCUCGCCGUGCCUCCCUCUCUUCCAAAGACAGUCUGAAGGCAGACGCUAUCUCCCAACAACUCACCAAGAAACUCCAGAACCUCAAGAAGAAAAUCAAGCAGUUCGAGGAACAGUUUGAGAAAGAGAGAAACUACAAGCCAUCUCACGCUGAUAAGGCAGCUGAUCCAAAGGUGCUGAAGUGGAUGACUGACCUCACCAAAAUUCGCAAACAGCUCAAAGCAGGACGACAGCACCUCUUACCCAAAGGUUCCCUGAGGCACCAGGCUGUGCUUCAGUCACACAGACGCAACUCAUCCGCCCCGAACACACCCCAUUUUACACUGUCACGCCCCCUCAAUGCCUCUAGACAGGCACCCCAAUUCUAUGCCAAACACAAGGCUGAGAGUGAGCUGACUCCACAGACGCGUCCACGCAGUAACACUCUGCCCAACAGCUUUGGCUCCACACUGGAGCAGUCAGCUCACGAGGGCCCUGUGGAGAGUGAGGCACAGAGUCACCGGCCCACUCGAGAGGAGACGCUGGAGCUCGUUCAGCACCGCAUAAAAGCUAAGAGAGAAGAGGACGGCUGGCCCGAGGAUGUUAGAAAAAUGACCAAGGAGCAGCUUUCCUGUGAGAAAAUAGUGCUACAGAAGAACCUUCUGUAUUAUGAGGGACUCCAUGGGCGCCCUGUUACCCGAGAGGAACGCUUGAUUGUGAAGCCCUUGUAUGACAGAUAUCGGCUAGUCAAACAGAUGCUCACCCGCAUCAGCAUCACCCCCAUAAUAGCCUCUCCCUCCAGCAAACGCCGCAAUCAGAUGUUACAGCCAAUCAUUGAGGGUGAGACUGCCCACUUCUGUGGUGAGAUCGAAGAAGAGGAGGAGGAGGAGAGCAGGGGACAGCAGGAAAAUGUAGAGAUGCAAAGUGAGGGGUCAGAAAUCAUAAUUGACCCAGUGGCCCAGCCCAGCUCUCAGCAGCCUUCCCAGGAAAACAUCCUGAGCUCUGGAAAGCUCAAUCUCGAUCUGCGUCUAUCCAGUUCAAACGCCUCCUCCAUGCCUGAGCUCCUGGAACAGCUAUGGAAGGCCAGAGCAGAGAAGAAGAAACUGAGGAGGACCAUCAGAGAGUUUGAAGAUGAAUUCUACCAGAAGAAUGGCAGGAAUGUUCAGAAGGAAGACCGCACGCCCAUGAUGGACGAAUACAAGGAGUACAAACGCAUUAAAGCCAAACUGCGGCUUCUGGAGGUCCUCAUCAGCAAGCAGGAUUCAUCCAAGUCCAUCUAGAGCUCCCAGGGCUGGGAGCUAAUCAGAUCUGACAGGGCCUGUAGCAUCUCAGAGGCCCGACCAAUCCCAUUUCAACUUUCAUCAGCUCCUGCACUGCUGUAUAUCUCUUUAAGUGGAAAAACUUUUUGUCCCCUUCUCUGAGUUUGAUAUUCAGACUUUCGUUUCUUUAUCUUUAUUUUUUUAUUUUUUUUUUUACAUUGACCUAGCUUUCUCAUACUGAGAAAUCCGCAAAGGGGACGUGCCGAGUUGAGUAAUCAUAACACUUAUACAUGUAUAUGGACAUUUUGCACUGAACUCUUCCACAGACCACAGAGGUGGUCAUCAUAUUUCAAGCACCCAUGUCAUACUCCUCCUCUUCCCGAAUUCAUGGGGUUCUUUACGCUAUUUGAGGGUGUGAUUUGGGUAAGAAGUUUCUUUGUAUGUAUACUUGUAUAGAUCUAUACAUAUGUAGGCAUAAAUGUUUGUUUUUUUCUUGAUGGAGAUGUGUCGGCACAGUGAAUUUAAUAAUGUUUUUUCGCCGCUCAGUUUUUCUGUUAGAAAUCAGAGGACUCUUGUAUCAAGGUGGUGCUCUUUUAUUUUUUUAUUUUUUUUUUUGUAAUGACACAUGGAUCACCUAAAGCUAAUCAGACUGACAAAAACAACUCCAGUGAACCAGUUGGACUGUCACAAACUUUUCCUGUAAACAUUAUUGUCUGGCCACAUUACCGAUUCAUAUGUAAAUGAUACAUAACUGUAUGUGUACUCUAUAUUUAACAUUACAGUGUUCAUGGCUCACAUCUGUAAUGUGCAUUUAACUAAUGGAUGAUGUAAUGAAUGUGACUAUAUAUGCCAAACUGAGAUGUAGUUGGUUUGUCAAUGUUAGGUAACAGGUAAAAUGCAAUGUCAGAUAUCAGUGAUGGUUUUAGACAGGAAAGUCACUCAUUUCUGAUGCUGUAGGUAGUAUAGAUAGACCCACUGUUGUUGGAGUUUUGGUUGGGUGAUUGUGUCCAUAUCAGUUCUUGACACCUCCAGACUCGUUUUCCAGUGCAUCCACAUUCAGGAAGCAACGUUAUUCUCUGAAAGCAUCCAGUCAUGACAAAAAAGCUGCAAUUUAGAAGACACUCCUCAAAAGAGAUCAUCAUGGUUAAAGGGCAUUAAAUGAUUAAUGAUUGCUUAACUUCAGACCUCUUCUGUUAGGUUUACUUGAUCUUAAGAAAAUACAUUGUCACUGUGACCACUGACUGUGUCCUGUAUCACAAGUCAUGUGUCUUUAGGGCAUAGGAUUGGUUGAGGCUUCUUCCUCACAUGUGGCAUCCAGUUAGGAGUCAUGCUUCAUGUGUCACUCUUCAACAUAUCAUCUGAUUUGUCACAAUCACUUUUCAGCUCCCAACUUGCAUAAUACAGUAUCAGUUUUUACGAUCCAGUAAUGAGGAGCAUAAUUGCUUUAUCCAGUUUGGUUCUGCAAUACACAAUCAAAGUCUAAUCAUGAGAUAAGAGAUCUCUGGCGGUUGACAGGAGGAACAAGGAUGCACCUUUGAUCACUUGGAUUGCUUGAAAUGUAAUGGACGGAAAGGUUACAGGAGGGCUGUACAUUUCUGAACGUCAGCAUGCACAUAGGGGAGGAGUUCUUAACAGCUGAAGGAGGCGAUAGAGAUUAUUUGCACAGCAUUCUGAGAAUGCAGUCUGUUUUGUUUGUUCGAAUUGUUUCUUGUUUAUUCAAGCACUGCUUGUGCCUGAAGGAUACGAGUGCAGGUUAAGUUAAUUUACAUGUUUAUUUCCAUAUAUCACUGUGUGGUGUCAGUGUGGUGGUGAUGUCCUUUUUUAUGACCAUCAUUUUGUACUCUGGUUUUAUAUAUCGUCUCACUUUCUGCAGUACAUAUUUACAGUGUUGUUCCUCUGUAUCAGUGAAGCACCUGCUUUGUCCUGUUUUGUAUAAGCUUGUCAGUGGUAGGUUUGCAUGGCAGAAAUUUGUAUCUUUAUUUUUGUGCCAUGAAAAUUAAGCAAUAAAUUAGCACCCGAGGCCUGUAUCGUUGGAAUGAGAGGCCUCCUGUAUCCAAUAUGUGCAUUUUCAAUAAAUGGCUUGUGAGUA